UCUUCCACGAGCAACUUAUAACUACAGAGAACCAUCGAGGAACGCAAUCAGAAUCCAGGAAGCAUUAUAAUCCGUCAAUGGAGCCCGAAACCCAUCAGUUCAGAAUUCCCGGUGGAUUCGUUCAUCAUCACCCACAUUGGUAUCAAUGUCCUCCUCAUCACCACCACCAGCCACAGCACCUUCACCACCACCAUCAUCCACAUCACCUUCACCACCACCACCACCACCACCAACAUCCACAUCACCUUCACCACCAGCACCAUUUAGGUGGUCAGAAUCUCAAUCCUUGUAUACAUCACAACCUUACUUCCCACCCUAAUCUUAAUCACUUUCAUUCGUGCCCUAAUUUUCCUCCUCUAGCAACUAUUCCCUGUAGAUUCCAAUCUGGCACCUCUGUUGCUAUUCCUGCCACUCUCAGUGGAGAGACUUCUUCUGAAUCCAAGGAACAACAAGGCUCAGAUUAUCAGUUUGUGCAUGAGGAAUAUCAGCUAGAAGAAGAGCAAGAAGAGGAAGAGGAAGCAAUGUAUGUUAUGACUGACGAAUGGUUGGAGUUCUUCGCGAAAUCAGAAGCGAAGAGAAAAUUAGAAAAGCAACAAGCGAAGCUGAAGAAGAAGCAGGCUAGAAAAGCAGCAGCAAGCAAAGCUGAAGAAGAAGAAGCAGACUAGCUAAUUUGAGACCAAGGUUUUGAAACAAAUCCAAUCCCAUUAUAUGAUGCAGAGGGAUAAUCCAUAUAUUGGAUAUAUCAUGAAUUCACAGUUUCAACUUGGUUACCGUUUUCAUGGACAACUAUUUCUCACCAAGGUAAGCCAAAGACAAGUUUGAGGUUUUCUUAUGGCGAAUAUGCUUGUUACAUAUAUGACAAGGUGACCAGGUCUUUGAUAAGAAUCGUCUUAGAUUUCUUGCAGCUAUGUAGAUUGUAUCAUUUAUCAAUUAGAACAGAUUAUUUCAAUUUCUUUUACUUGAACUUCCUGUUAAUCAGGGUUGUUGUACUACAAUUUCGUUAGUCACUAGGACUAGUGUGUAUCAUAAUCUAGGACUAGUGUGUAUCAUAAUCUUAAUGAACUUGGUAACGACUCUUAUUACGCUACAAGAGUUAAUUUUAACUUGGGUUUCUCGCCA